AUGGUCUGUUCUCCACGAGUAACUUUCUUUUCAACCCUCUUAAAUCACUGUCUCUCAUUAGAGUCAUUAUUUUCCGUUAAAAUCGUUCAUGCCCAACUCAUAAAGCUCAGUCUUUGCAACACCAACACUUUCUUGGGUAAUCGCUGUCUUGAUCUUUACUCAAAAUUCGGAACCAUUAAAGACGCUUUCCAAGCGUUUGAUGACAUACGCCACAAAAAUGUAUUCUCUUGGAAUAUAUACAUGCGAGUUCUUAUUAGUCUUGACGACAUUAAAGGAGCACGCCAACUGUUCGAUGAAAUGCCUGAACGAGAUGUCGUGAGCUGGAACUCCAUCAUUUCAGGGUACUCUUCUAGUGGGUUUCACGAUUGUGCGCUUCGAUUAUUCUCACGAAUGCAAACUUUUGGAGUAACACCAAGUGACUACACAUAUUCGAUUGUGUUGUCAUUCAUACAAUCUGCUCAUCAUGGGAUGGAAAUCCACUGUAACAUGAUAAGAAAUGGAGUCGAUUUCUCUUCUGUUAUUAUCUGGAACUCAUUGAUUGAUAUGUAUUGUAAUCAUGGCGUUCUAGAUUAUGCUUUUGGUGUGUUUUUAAAUAUGGAGCAAAUCGACAUCAUCUCCUGGAAUACACUGAUUGCAGGUUUUAGUAAAUCGGGUUACAAAGAAUUGGCUUAUAAACACUUCAACAUCAUGAGAACAACCAAUCAUCUACCUGAUGCAUUUACAAUAUCUUCAAUUAUGACUUCAUGUUCUAGUUCUACUUCUACCAUUGAUCAAGAUUUAUCAACAGGGAAACAGUUAUUCUCUUUAUCCAUAAAAUUAGGGUUUCUUUCAAACACAAUUCUUUCAAGUGCAGCUAUCGACAUGUUCUCAAAAUGUAAAAAUAUAAACGAUUCAAUACGUGUUUUUGAAGAAAUCAACAAUUGGGAUUCAUGCGUUUGCAAUUCAAUGAUUUCAAGCCUUGUGGACAAUCGACUUGAGGUGAAUGCAAUUGACAUUUUUGCCCUUUCUUUAAACAAAAACAUAAGGCCUACAGAAUUCACACUUAGUUGUUUGGUGAGUUGUUCUUCCCUCUUUCUGCCACCUGUCCUCGGGACACAGUUGCAUUGUUUGGUUGUGAAAUUAGGGUUUGAGAAUGAUUCUAUUGUUUCAAGCUCACUUGUUGAAAUGUAUAGUAAAUGUGGUUCCAUUGACUCUGCAAAAACCAUCUUUGACCAAAUGGGUGUCAAAGAUUUAAUAUCUUGGAACACCAUGAUUCUAGGGUUUACUUAUAAUGGAAAAACAAUGGAAUCCCUUAAACUUUUUGAUGAAUUACUCAAAAGUGGGCCCACCCCAGAUGAAGUAACCCUAUAUGGAAUUCUAUUAGCUUGUAAUUUUGGUUAUUUGAUCAAUGAAGGGUUGUUAAUCUUUUAUUCAAUGGAGAACGAAUAUGGGGUUACACCAAAAGACACACAUUUGACCAUUAUUGUUGACUUGAUGAUAAAAUGUGGAAGACUUAAUGAAGCACUUGAAAUAAUUACAACAAUGGAUAGUGGACUCAAUGGUGUUAUGUGUAAAUCGAUUCUUGAUGUUUAUGGGGUAUAUGGAGAGUUGGGAUUUAUAGAAAAUGUUGCUGAAAUAUUGAUGAAUUUGGAACCUAUGUGUGUGUUACCUUAUAUUGUGUUGUGUAAAGCUUAUGAAGUGAGGGGAAAAUGGGAAAGUGUAGCUAGAGUGAAGAAAGAAAUGAAAGAUAGAAAGAUUAAGAAAGUGGUGGGGUGUAGUUGGAUUGGAGUAAAGAGAAAUUUGUUUGAUUUUAAAGAAAGUGAAGUUGUUCAUCAUGGUGGGGAAGAUUUGUACUUGAUGUUGAGAUUAAUGAUGUGGGAUUUAGAUGAUGAAGAUUUAGAUAUGUUAGGAUCCUAA